CUGCACUCAGUGCAGGACAGUUUCGAAGCCUGAACCGGAGUUGGGCUUAUCAUGGAACGUCGUCAGCUCUCCAACACUGACCUCCAGGUAUCUUCGGUCUGUCUCGGGACCUGGCAGUUCAACGCCGGGAAGGCCGACGAAACAUGGCCUGCUCAAGACGAACAGGUCUCCAGGGACAUUGUGAAUAAAGCCUUCGAACUUGGAGUCAACUUUUUCGAUUCCGCUGAGGCUUAUGGUCGACACGGGUCGGAAAGAGUACUGGGGAAGGCACUAGAAGGGCGGAGACGUGACGCCAUCAUCGCCACCAAGUUUGGGGGAGGUCACAAGAGGUACACCGCAGUGGAAGUGGAGAACUCCCUACAGGAAAGUCUGCAAGCCUUGCAGACGGACUAUGUCGAUCUCUAUCAGGUCCACUGGGCCGUGAUGAUGGCGGAUGUGGCUGACGUUGUUGGCGAGCUGAAACGUCAGCAGGCAAAAGGACGGAUACGCCACUAUGGCGUCUGCAACUUCGGCGGGAAGCAACUGGCGGAGUUCUGUGAGGCUGGCGGUACAUGUGCCACUAAUCAGAUCCCGUACAACCUGCUGUGGCGGGCUGUAGAGUACGAGGUGCUGCCGGCGUGUGUAGAACGGAACGUGUCCGUGCUGAGCUACUCCCCCCUCCAGCAGGGCCUGCUGACCGGCCGCUUCCACACGCCGGCCGACGUGCCUGAGGGCCGCAGGAGAACCAGGCACUUCAGCUGCCAAAGUACUUCUCUCUCAAAGCACGGGCAGGGCGGAGAAGAGGCGGCCACUUUUCAGGCAAUAUCGUCCCUCCGUGACGCAUGCGCAAAGGAGGACAUCCCCAUGUCGUCUGCGGCGUUGUCAUGGAUACUGGGCCGGCAGGGCCUUGCGUCUGUGAUCGUGGGUUGCCGCACCCCUCAACAGCUGGAGGACAACUGCAAACUUGCUAAGCUGUCUCAGGAGUUUGAUAAGAAGCUGACGGACGCUACUGAAGAACUGAAGGAGAAGUUUGGGCCCAACCCCGACAUGUGGGCUAAGGUGUCCAGAUACAACUAGUGUACAUAUGUAAUCCUCAUACAACAUGUAUUAGCACCAGUCUCCAAAACCUGAAGUACAGAACUAGAUAGUACAUACAUUAAAGACAAACUCAUAACAAUAAUAACACAAGGCGUGUACUUGUAUUGAAUAUUAAGUCAACAAUGGAAACUGUUCUGUCUGAGUAAAACAAUCAUUGCAGCGAGACAAUCAUCAGCGAGCCCAAGAAGCAUAACUUUAUAGUUUUCAAAAAGUCUGAGCAGCAGGGUCUGCAUCGGAUCGAGGCGAGGCCCAGCGUAAUGCUACAGGGGCACAAGGAAAAUUCAGAACGGCUGGAUCGGUUUCGUUCACCCAUACUGACUGCGUCUCCUAGUCUCCAAGCAGACCCUACGAUGCCUUGGAGAUAGUAUCAAAGCUGUCCAAGGAGUAUAGCUGGCACCGGGUGCCCGUUUGACUCCCAUUAGCCGGCUAUACUCCUUGGCCAGCUUUGAUACUAUCUCUAAGGCACCGUAGGGUCUGCUUGGAGACUAUGCGUCUCCUGGAACGGCCUUAGCUUGUUAAAUCGCCUGGAUUCCGAGGUUCAGACCGUGCAGUUCUUGUUCCGUUUUGCUCGUAUCACAACGAAUGGAAUUGUACUAUAACUUCUCAUGGUACUUUUUUUUUGGUAGACCUGGUUGGACCUUUAAUGACUGUUGAGUAGUGUGAAGUACAAUAAAGGACAUCGGGCUUCCAUGUA